AUGAACUUGAUAUUUAUACUUUUAUUUCCCUAUUCAACAUUUUCCCUAGAUCGCAACAAACUUCUAAUCAACUUUCUAUCAUCAAAUAAAGAAUCCUUGAAGAAGGAAAAUAUAUCGCUAUCAGAUCUUGGAGGCCUAGUAACAGAUAAUCCUGUUCUCUCAGAUUCUUCCGAUACUCAAUUAGUUCUAGCUGAUUCCACAACUACUGCGAAUUGCGCGAGUGGUUGGACUCAAUAUUCUGGAAAUGGUUAUUGCUAUAAAUUUGGUGAUACAUCAAUGUCUUGGUAUGAUGGUGAACAAUACUGUUUUAAACAGAAUAAUGGCUCGCAUUUGAUGAGUGUUCAUAGUCAAGAUGAGGCCAAAUGGAUAGUAUCAACUUUUGCCACGUUUUCAAUUCUAGAUGGAACUCACAUUGACACGUGGACCGGGAUGAGAAGAUUGGUAAGAGCGAUUGUCAUUCAGGGGUACCAUGGGAUAAUAAUACAUAACAGUCAUGGAAGCACACCUCGGCCAAGCCGUGGCUGGCCAGAGUACAAUUUUUUGAAAAUCUGAAUUUCAGUUUUCAAAAAUUGAAAAAUAACAAUUUUUAGAGGACAAAAACUGAAAAAUGCACAAUUUUUGUACUGUAAAAAGUUAGCGUACAAUUUUUUAUUGUGGACACCAUGAUUUUGGCCGAGGUGUGCAUGGAAGUCCUAUUCAGCCGAUUUUUUAUAGUGCGACAACACUACAUACAUCUGGACUGACGGAACACCUGUAGAUUAUCAAUGGUGGCAGCCAGGAUAUCCAGAAGCUACAGACCCAGAGCUUAGCUGUGUCACGGUAAACCUCACGUCAUUUUCUAAUUAAUCGAUUUCAUGCAGAUCUGGCAAACCGCUUAUCUUCUCCUGAUUUCCGGCUAUACUCCUGGACAAUUCGAUGAUAUGCUGAAUUGUGGAACUGGUUAUUCAACACCAACUUGUAAAUAUGAUCCAACAUCUAGUGAGUUGUUUCUAAUGAUUCUAUGAGGCUGAAACGUUUAAUGAAACAAACUACAAUCGGAUAUCGGAUUACCGUGGUGAUGAUUGAUCGUUCAUUUAAUGCAUUAUUUAUUUUUUCAAAAAUUGUAUUUGAUAUUUGUAGUUGCGUUUGAGUUGGUAGUUACCGUAGUAUAUUUUCUAUAGAAUUUUAAGAACCCCUGUGAAUGUACUAGUUUUUAAAUCAACAUUUCUGCUUUCCAGCCGCAACUCCUGUCGAAUAUGUUGAAGAGUGGUGUACAUCCACAGCUCCUGGAGCAACUAAACCGACAACAACGACUUCCACGACGACUUCAACGCCAACAUCCACUUCAACAACCACGUCAACAUCUACUAGUACAAAAGUUCCAACCACAUCUUUAACUUCUACGUCAACUUCUACGUCAACUUCAACCAGCACAACAACAAUGGCUCCGACCACAAGCAAAACUACGAGUUCAACUUCCACAUCCGCAUUACCCUCUACGUCAACUUCUACCAGUUUGAAAACAACAGUUCAGCUUACAACUAAAACUUCGAGUUCAAGUUCUACUUCGACUAAAUCUCUAACUUCUACUUCAACAGUUCCUACCACAACCAAAACUUCCACGUCAACAUCGACAUCUACCCAAACUUCCACAGCUUUCACUUCCACUCCUGCAUCCUGCACUCCAGCUUGUAACUCUGGAUGGGUACAAUAUGCCACCAACUGUUACGCACUGAUCAAAGGGCGUGCAACCUAUACUCAAGCCAUCACGGGAUGUCAAUCCUUUGGAGCACAAAUUGCAACUAUUCAAAAUUAUGACCAAAAUGAGGCGUUGAGAAGUUAGCAUAACUCCCAACGAAAUGUGAAUUUACACUGUAAUUUUUUCCAGAGGCCUUCAGCUCUAAUGAAAAUCUUCUGAGCUCAGAUCAGGCCUGGAUCGGAAAUUCGACUUAUCAUAACUGGGCCGUUGGGAAGCCUGACAUGUCUGAAGGAUCGUCUUAUCAAUAUUGUAAUAGUGUAAGCUCUAAACUUCUUCUUUGAAUUACCCUAAUUGAAAAAACAUCAAUUUUUAAGUUUGCCUUGUCAAUAGUGAACAGUGGUUACGACUGGGGAUAUGUUAGAGGUGUGUGGAACGAUUUCCCUUGUGAAAAAACGCAAUUGUUCACUAUUUGUACUGUUUCGUUGAACUAAAAUCUCCUGUUUCAUAAAAAUUUCACAAUCGUAUCUGUCAUUGUAUUUUUCAAAAUGUUGUUACCUCUUUUAUUUUUUGCAUUUAUUUUUGUUGGUUGUGCAGGUAGCUUUAGGAUUUUUCAAAAUUAGUUUAUAAUUUAUAAUACUAACAUCAGAUGAUACAAUAAAUCGAGAAAACAUUCUUAAAACUCUAAUUGGUAAGAAUUUGAAAGAGUUGAAGAAUGCAAAAUACGAUGAGGCGGUUUUGAAUGGUCUUAUCAAUACUACUACUAGCACGGCUUCUCCCAAUGUUCUAGCUGAUGAUGAUUAUUCAAAUCUAGUUUUAUCCGAUUCAAGUGCAUCUUGUGCUUCUGGCUGGACACAAUAUUCAGGAAACGGAUAUUGCUACAAAACAACAAGUGAUAUGACGUGGAAUGCGGCCAAUGCUUAUUGUUUGAGUCAGAAUGCACAAUUGGCUAGUGUGCACAAUCAAGCGCAAGCUGAAUGGUUGGCAAACACUUUUGCAACUUCGUAUUUUCUACUUGGAACAUAUGAGGAUUUAUGGAUCGGGCUCAAGAGAUCGGUAAGUUCCUCUAAAAGUCAAUAGCAUAUAAAAAUGCUUUUGCUACAGUGUGACAAUUCAACAUGGGUUUGGACAGAUGGUAGUGAUUUCGAUUACAUUUGGUGGCAAUCUGAUCAACCAGAAGCUGUAGAUCCAAAUUUACGAUGUGUUACUGUAAAUUUCCUAAUGGAACCGUAUCUUACUCAACCAAUUUUUUUAAUCUUAGAUUUGGCAAACACCUUUACUGAAAUUGUCCUCAAGUUACACACCGGGUCAAUUCGAUAACAUUUUCGAUUGUACUAAUAAUACGGCAACACCACUUUGUCAAUAUAAUCCGGCGUUGAGUAAGUUGCAAUUUUUUGAACACGAUGUUUCGAUUUAAAAAAGUGUUUCGAAUUGAUCAAAAAACAAGGCAUGGUUUUUUUCCAACAGAAGACUAAUUGACUGAAGUUCCGCGUUGGAUAUAUGUGAUAGAACAAGACAAGACUCUAGUUCUAACCAUUUUCUCUUUAAAAAUGUUGAAUAACUUUGAAAAAUUGUAAUUCCACUCACAGAGAACAAAGAAAAUCGAGCAAAUAGGCAAAAAAACCAUAGUUUUUUUGACAUAUGUUAGAAAAAUCGAAAAUUUCGAAAAAAAUGAAGAUUUUUCAAACUUUUUAUUAGAGAAAGUGUCGCAUUUCAAACUCUACGCGAAAAGUUAGGUUUGAUAACAUGUUAAAACCAGGUUCCCAUGCCGCAAGCCGUAUUUAUGUGUUUUCUUGCAAAAGCCAAGGGUUUGCAAUCGAGUGUUUCAGCUACAACGCAAGAAGCUUGGAUUCAAUGUACUUCCACUAGCUCUACAACUUCUACAUCGACAUCUACGUCCACAUCCACUUCAACAACCACGUCAACAUCUACUAGUACCAAAGUACCAACCACACCUUCAACAUCUACGUCAACAUCUACGUCAACAUCUACUUCAACAUCUACGUCAACAUCUACUAGUACCAAAGUUCCGACCACAUCUUCAACAUCUACGUCAACAUCUACUAGUACCAAUGUUCCAACCACACCUUUAACUUCCACGUCAACAUCUACGUCAACUUCAACUAGCACAACAACAACAACGAUUCCAACCACACCUUUAACUUCUACGUCAACUUCAACCAGCACAACAACAACGGUUCCGACCACAAGCAAAACUACGAGUUCAAGUUCCACAUCCGCAUUACCCUCUACGUCAACUUCUACCAGUAUUAAAACAACAGUUCCGCUUACAACUGAUUCUUCAAGUACAACUUCCACAUCCACGUCUACAUCGGCGUCAUUAUCUUUAACUUCAACUUCUAAAUCCACGUCGGCAGAACCCACAACAUCAACGACUACCAGUACACAAACACAAGUUGUGACGUUCACUCCAAAUUCAAAAUCAUCAUCCACGUCGGCAGAACUUCAAACAUCUGCGUCAACUUCAAUCGCUCAAACCACAUCCAAAACAUCCACCUCCGCAGUUUGCACUUCAACUUGUGAUUCUGGAUGGGUUGAGAUUGAUAGUAAUUGCUACGCAGUUCUACAGGGUCGUGCUACAUAUGAUCAAGCCGUCACAGGAUGUCAAUCUGUCAGCGCACAAAUCGCAACAAUCCAAUCUUCGGAGCAAAACGACGCUUUGAGAAGUUUGCCUAACUUUUAGAACUUCAGAACAUACUUAUUUUUUCAGAAGCUUUCAGCUCUAAUGAAAAUCUUCUAAGCUCAGAUCAGGCCUGGAUCGGAAAUUCGACUUAUCAUAACUGGGCAGUUGGAAAGCCAGAUAUGUCUGAAGGAUCAGAAUAUACCUAUUGUAAUACCGUACGUUUGUAAAGAACACAUUGAAAUUAUCUUAAAUUGAACUAAUUGCAGUUUUCAUUAUCCGUUGUGAACAGUGGUUACGAUUGGGGAUAUGUUCGAGGAGUUUGGAACGACUAUCCCUGCGUCAAGACACAAUUGUUCGUAAUUUGUAUGAAAUGA